GGUCAGCUAUAUCUCACAGGACCCAAACAUUACACUGCUCGUUUGCUUCAUGCUACUCCCCUGUCAAACAGAACCUAAAUUAUCAUCAUUUUAGCUGAAUUAAAGUCCACGAUGGGUCUGUCUCCAGCCGUGACAACUCUGUGUGAGAAUCCCAAUGAAGUUUUUAUGGAUGUUGCCAAAUUGUUGCUCACAUACGCGGACAAUAUUCUAAGGAAUCCCAAUGAGGAGAAGUACAGAUCCAUCCGUAUUGGCAAUCCUACUUUUUCUACCAAACUUCUGCCAAUCAAAGGAGCAGUAGAAUGUUUAUUUGAAAUGGGAUUUGAAGAGGCUGAGACCCACUUGGUGUUCCCCCAAACGGCCUCUGUGGAGCAGCUCAGGGUGAUCCGGGAGUCGAUAGCUGCAGAGAGGGACCAGAGGCUGCGUGGAGAUCAGCCUCCUGCUCAGGCUCAGGGUGGGGCCUGUGCUUCAGCCGAGCCAAGCUCUUCAGGGACAAGCCAACCAGCAACACCAGCCCAACAACCACCAUCUUUGGAGUCCAGCAUGAACUUCCUUGUGACCUUGCAGUCUAACUUCCAGCAUGCGAUGGUGUAUGAAAACCCAGAGCUUCAGCAGAAAGCCAGAAUUUGUAUUCCUCACCAGGAACUAACUUCUACUGCUGAGAAGAAAAUGAUGGAGGCCAAGGAAGCAGACCCAGACUGUAAGCUGUCUCAGGAGGACUUUGUGGUGCUGGAGCUGCUCCGGUGGUUCAAACAGACCUUCUUCUCGUGGGUGGACUCUCUGCCCUGCAGCCGUUGUGGAGGCCAGACCCGCAACUCCGGCCCCCUCAGCCCCAGUACGGAGGACCUGCGCUGGGGAGCGCAGAGGGUGGAGAACCACUUCUGUCAAACAUGUCAACUAUCCAACAGGUUUCCAAGGUAUAACAAUCCUGAGAAGCUGCUAGAAACCAGGAGGGGGCGCUGUGGAGAGUGGGCCAACUGUUUCACCCUGUGCUGCAGAGCCAUGGGACUUGAGGCUAGAUAUAUUUGGGACAGCACAGAUCAUGUGUGGACAGAGGUUUAUUCUCCCUCUCAGCGUCGUUGGCUUCACUGUGACCCCUGUGAAAACGUGUGUGAUAAACCUCUUCUGUACGAGGUCGGCUGGGGGAAGAAGCUCUCCUACAUCCUGGCCUUCUCCAAAGAUCAGGUAGUGGAUGUGACCUGGAGAUAUUCCUGCAAACAUCCUGAGGUGUUGUCACGGCGGACCAAGGUUCAGGAGGCCUGGCUUCUUCACACAAUUAGUAGUCUUAACAACACUAGACAGCAAAGUCUGAGUCCACAGAGGAAGAAGGAGCUGACAGAAAGACUGCUUGUGGAGCUGGUGGAGUUUAUUUCACCUAAAAAACCUAAACCUGGAGAACUGGGCGGACGCAACUCUGGGUCACUGGCAUGGAGACUACUAAGAGGGGAGACGAAAGCCCCGGACACUUCUGCAACGACUCCAGGUUUUGUGUUCACCCCAACUGACAAAGAAAAGAGUGACAGUUUGCUGCAUAUACGCUACAAUGCCUCCACAGACCAGUACUGUCGAGUGUCCAACCACUGUGAAGUCACUCCAGGCUGGGAACAGUGUGUGUGGCAGAGGGAAGCUGUGUUUAGGAAGGAGGAGAAGGACUGGCAGAUGGUGUACCUUGCUCGAGGAGAAGACUCCUCUAUUGGCAAAAUAAGCUGGAGAUUUGACUUUUCUGCAGUGGGAAUGAAGAUUCAAUCAGUAACAGUGAUGGCCAAGAGUCAGACGUUUCAAUCUGGAACUGUCUGCUGGAAGGUGCAGACAGGACAGACCACCACAGAAUUCUCUGGAGACGGACAGACACACCCUCUCUCCAGUCUGUCUGGCUCUUCAGAGUUCAUCAUUGUAGCAGAACUCUGUGGUGGAGAUGGAGAUGUGGCCUGGCAACAUGCUCAGCUCUUCAGACAGAGUUUAAAGGAAACUGAUGAAACCUCAUUUGAAAUCCUGGUCCAACUUGAAACUGCCUAACACCAUCAUCAGUCACUGUCCUAUGUCAUUUAGUAUGUGAUUUGUGCAAUAUGUAAAUCAUUUUCUCUGUUAAUCAAAAGGCCCAUGAUGUAUGUAUUUUUGUUUUGUAUCAAAUCUUUCUAAAUGUGAACAUCUUAAUUGAAUUAGGGCGAUGGCUAUUACAUGUAUUUUAGGUGUAUUGAUUGAAUCUAAAUAAUCUAAUUCUAUCUAUAAUAAAGCGUUAGAUGUCCAUCUAUGGAAUAUUAAAACAUAUUUUUAC